CUCUAUUUUGUUAGUCUUUUGAGUUCUUCAUUAAUUAGCGUACGCACUUCAGUUGAGAUGGAUUACUGUAAUGUUCAAAACAGAACUACUAGCAGUUCCAUUAGAGAGGUAGAUAAGAAGAAAAAGGCACUUCAAUACAUAGAGGAAAUAACAAAGAAGGCAGACGAAGUUCAAAAGCAAGUGCUCCAUGAAAUACUUUCACGCAGUGCCCAUGUCGAGUAUUUACAAAGACAUGGGUUAAGUGGGCGCACAGACCGUGAGACAUUCAAAAGAGUUAUGCCCGUUGUCACUUACGAAGAUCUUCAACCUGAUAUCACUCGUAUCGCUGACGGUGAUGCUUCACCAAUCCUCUGUGCACUACCGAUCUCACAAUUUCUUACAAGUUCUGGCACUUCAGGGGGAGAAAGGAAACUGAUGCCGAUGAUUGAUGAAGAGUUUGAAAGACGAUCUUUGUUUUACAGUCUUCAAAUGCCUAUAAUGGAUCAAUAUGUCCCUGACUUGAACAAAGGCAAAGGGAUGUAUUUUAUGUUUGUAAAAUCUGAAGCUAAAACACCAGGAGGGUUAGUAGCUCAUCCAGCUCUAACGAGCUACUAUAAGAGUUCAUACUUCAAAGAAGGAACUUCUGAUCCUUUCAACAGCUAUACUAGUCCAAACGAGACCAUAAUUUGCACGGAUUCUUACCAAAGCAUGUAUUCUCAGUUACUUUGUGGGCUUUACCAAAACCAUCAAGUUCUUCGAGUAGGAGCAGUUUUUGCGUCUGUAUUUCUUCGGGCAAUACGGUUUCUGCAAAAACACUGGAUUGAUCUAAGCAAUGACAUUCGAACUGGAAAUCUGAACUCCAAAAUCACUGACUCGUCUGUAAAAGAAGCGGUCUCAAAAUUACUUAAGCCUAACCCUGGACUUGCAGACUUCAUCAAGUCAGAGUGUAGUAAGGAUUCAUGGCAGGGGAUUAUUACAAGGUUAUGGGCCAAUGCUAAGUAUGUAGAUGUUAUCAUUACCGGGACAAUGUCGCAGUAUAUUGCUAGUCUUGAUUUUUACAGCAAUGGCCUUCCAAUUGUUAGCACCUUGUACGCGUCUUCAGAAUGUUAUUUCGGUCUGAACCUUGAGCCUUUAACUAAGCCCAGUGAAGUAUCCUACACUCUCAUCCCUACUAUGGGCUAUUUUGAAUUCUUGCCAGUGGAGAAGACCCAUACUGAAUACGCCAACUUGGUGUCAAUUGCAACAACCUCGAUUGAGAAUGACGAACAGCAAGAACUUGUUGAUCUCGUCAAUGUUCAGCUUGGUAAAGAAUAUGAGCUUGUUAUUACCACUUAUGCAGGAAUUUAUCGCUAUAAAGUUGGAGACAUACUUCGAGUUGCUGGAUUCAAGAACAACGCUCCUCAAUUCAACUUUGUAUGCCGAAAGAAUGUUGUUUUAAGCAUCGACUCUGACAAGACGGAUGAAGUAGAUCUUCAAAAUGCUGUGAAGAAUGCUGUGAGUCAUCUCAAACCGUUUAAUGCCUCUCUUGUUGACUACACAAGUUUAGCGGAUACAUCAACUAUCCCAGGCCAUUAUGUGCUAUAUUGGGAACUUCUUCAUGACGGCAAAACCUCAAUUCCUUUCUCAGUAUUUGAAGAUUGUUGCCUCACAAUUGAAGAAUCUCUCAACAGUGUUUACCGCCAAGGCCGUGUAUGUGACAAGUCAGUUGGACCACUAGAGAUAAGGUUAGUCGAGAUGGAUACAUUCGACAAGCUGAUGGACUACUCAAUCAACCGUGGUGCUCAAAUUGAUCAGUAUAAGACACCUCGAUGUGUAAAAUUUGCUCCCAUAAUCGAGCUCUUGAACUCAAGGGUUGUUUCAAAGUCCUUCAGUCCAAAAGAUCCAAAAUGGGUUGCUGGUCAUAGGGAUUGGUACACCAACGGUUGCACCGAGUAAAAGAAAAUAUCAAAUAAGAAACGAGGCUGAAUCGGGAUACAUUUUACCACCGAGUCAGGACACAUUUUAUACCCACACCAGAAGAUAUAUGGGGCUUCCAAAAUAAUGGUGAAAUAACUAUUUUCUCUAAUAAUUUCUUCUCCUCCCAUUCUUCUUCUCCUCCGCUCCCUCUCUCCCACUGUUUCCCAUUCCAUUAACGACUUCUGAGAAAA